GGCGUUCCCGGGUGCAGCGGCGCCGGCGGCUCCGGCGGGGAUGUACAACAACAUGAGCAUCACCGUGUCCAUGGCCGGCGGCGGCGCCGGCAUCGGCCCCAUGGGCGGCGGCAUCCCCAUCAACCCCAUGAUGGCCGGCGUCAACUCCAUGUGCUCCGAGCAGGUCCCGGACGCGGCGCUGAGGCCUCCAGGGCUCUACUGCAACCAGCUGGGCUCCGGGGAGCUGCUCAAGGCCGAGCCGGACGGCGCCCAGGACGCGAAGACCGAAGAGUUCUUCUCUGGGGUGGCUCCAGACUAGAGGAGAAGUUCUCUAGUGCAGCAGGUCCAGGUGUUCGCCGACGUCCAGUGCACGGUGAAUUUGGUGGGAGAUCCUUACCUCAACCCGCCGCCGGCUCCGUUGGCCAAUCCCAAAAAUCCCGGCCCCCCCCC